GCCCGGAAGACGCUCCCUGGGAACCAAGUUCCUGUCACUUCUCAGCAUCUUGUGAACAUGGCCCUGCCGCCCUUCUUCUCCGCAGGUCGUCCGGGCCCGCCGCCUCCGCAGCCACCGCCCCCUGCUCCGUUCGGCUGUCCUCCGCCGCCGCUGCCCUCCCCGGCUUUCCCGCCGCCUCUUACCCAGCGGCCCGGCCCUUUCCCGGGGACCUCUGCCCCCUUCCUCCAGCCUCCGCUGGCUUUGCAGCCCCGGGGUCCCACGGAAGCCUCCCGUAGCGGCGGCGGCGGCGGCAGUGGUUCCUUCUUCCCGGUGCCGCCGCCGCCGCCGCUACCGCCGCCGCCGCCCCAGUGCCGGCCCUUCACGGGGACCGACGCUAGCGAGCGCCCAGGGCCACCGGCUCCAGGCCCGGGGCCUCCCUGGAGCCUGCGCUGGCCUGAGGUGCCGCCACCGUCCGACGUGCUCGGGGACGUGGCCCUGCAGCGCCUGCGCGACCGGCAGUGGCUAGAGGCUGUGUUCGGCACCCCGCGGCGCGCUGGCUGCCCGGUGCCCCAGCGCACGCACCCGGGGCCCAGCCUAGGCGAAGUGCGCGCGCGGUUGCGCGGGGCUCUGCGCCUGGUGCGGCGGCUGCGCGACCUGAGCCAAGCCCUGCGUGAGGCCGAGGCCGACGGCGCAGCCUGGGCCCUGCUGCAUGCCCAGGCCGCUCCCCUGCGCGCCGAACUAGCCGAGCGGCUGCAGCCGCUGACCCAGGCCGCCUACGUGGGUGAGGCGCGGCGGAGGCUGGAGAGGAUCCGGCGCCGCCGGGUGCGGUUUCGAGAGAGGGCUCGGGAACGCCAGGCCGAGCGGGAGGCGGAGGCGGCCCGGGCAGUGGAACGCGAGCAGGAGAUUGAUCGCUGGAGGGUCAAGUGCGUGCAGGAGGUGGAGGAGAAGAAGCGGGAGCAGGAACUCAAAGCUGCAGCUGAUGGUGUCUUAUCUGAGGUGAGGAAGAAGCAAGCAGACACCAAGCGAAUGGUGGACAUUCUUCGGGCUUUGGAGAAACUGAGGAAACUGAGGAAAGAGGCUGCAGCAAGGAAAGGGGUCUGCCCUCCAGCCUCAGCAGAUGAGACUUUUGAGCACCAUCUUCAGCGACUAAGAAAACUCAUUAAAAAACGUUCUGAACUAUAUGAAGCUGAAGAGAGAGCCCUCAGAGUUAUGUUGGAAGGAGAACAAGAAGAAGAAAGGAAAAGAGAAUUGGAAAAGAAGCAAAGGAAAGAAAAAGAGAAAAUUUUACUUCAGAAACGUGAAAUUGAGUCCAAGUUAUUUGGGGAUCCAGACGAGUUCCCGCUUGCUCACCUCCUGCAGCCUUUCCGGCAGUAUUACCUCCAGGCUGAGCACUCCCUGCCGGCACUCAUCCAGAUAAGGCAUGAUUGGGAUCAGUACCUGGUGCCAUCCGACCAUCCCAAAGGCAACUCAGUUCCCCAAGGAUGGGUGCUUCCCCCGCUCCCCAGCAACGACAUCUGGGCGACCGCCAUUAAGCUGCAUUAGUAAAGAUGCUCCCGGAGUGAGGUCCAGCCCUGGCUUCUUCCAGCUCCGAAUGGUACUGAUGCCGCCAUCUUCUUGUGCCGUAGACUCAGCUGUGACUUCCAAACUCCGUGUGGCACAGCCUUGCCCUUCUGUACCCGGUCCUGGCCAGAGGUGCCUCUUGAAUCAGGAGAUGAAUAUGGUUCUUCAGGAAAGGACCUACGUGAACUAAGGUCAUUACCCCAGCAGUGACCUUGGCUCACCACAUUGCCUCUGUUUUGAGGGGCUUGGUCUAGAGUGACUUGUUAAUUUUCUGUAACUUCCUUGUGUGGUGAUGGGUAAGUACACUCAGUUCACUCAAAUACUCAACACAGGUGUAUGCUGGGCAGCAGCCCUUCCACCAACACCGAAUGUGAAGGAAGCUUAAUGCAAAACCUCCUUACCCUUCCUGCGCAUGCACCCUCCAGCUCCCAGGAGGAGAGGUCAGACAGGCUCUGUCUUUGGCUUUGUUCAUCACAGUUUCGGUGCAGCUUGGGAGGCUGCUGGUUAGGGUGACAGCAGUGACUACAGGUUGGGCUGCCGAAAUAAUGGUGCCCUGGUCUCUGUAGUCAUGUGGAGCUGAAGAGUGCCUGCACCUAAAUUGGAGUGUGUUUGAAUGUGUGUGGCUGCCUUGGCCCCAUGCUAGAGGAUCCUAAUGAAAGGUUCCUAGGGAUCUAGUUGUUUGGAAUACCCAAGGAUAGAAAUUUAUUUCCCCAUGGGAGUGGGCCCUAAACCUCACUCAGUCACAUUGUAGGAGCCAGGAUAGCUGUGGGAUUUUCUUCCGAACUCAAGUUUCCAAAAACAUUCAUGUAGUCAAAGCUGGGGAAAAGGCAAAUAAAAAUGAUAAAGUUUAUUUUUUAUAGUCACUAAUAAAUUUUGUGCUUGGAGAUGGUCAGUCAUAUAACAUGUCAGUUUUUUGUUUUGCCAAUUAUUUUGUUAUUUAUAUUUUUAAAAAAUCCAAAUAAAUAUUUCAGUUUUUAGUUUGAGCCUUUGACCCAAAUUUGUUGCCUCCCAAAUCACCUAACAUAUGCUUCUACGUUGCCAAAACACAUUCUCACUGCGAAAUUCAAAGUUAUUAAACAAGCAUUUGCUGUGGGAAAGUGACUCUCAAGUCCUCAACUUUGUGAAAUCCCAACUCUGGCUAAGUCAGAAAAGAGGCUGUCUACCCUGGAAAUAAUACUGUGUAGCUGGAAGCUCUUAAGUGCAGGACAUGAAUGCCUUUGUCUCUUUUCUGUUGUUUAAUUUUAUUGUUCAAUGUGUACAUCAUGCAUUACAGAGGUAAUACAUAGGGAAUUGGCACCAUGCUUCUCCAAAGUGUGUCUAAACUCGUAAGCCUAAAGACCUGCUGUGAUUUGCCUCAUGAAACCCCACGUGCCUGUGUGCCUCUUUGUUCAACAUCUCCACUAGCUGCUGUCUGAUGAGGUGGGGAUUAGAAACCACGGAUGGGUUGUAUGAUGUAUGUUUGCUGUCCAGAUGGCCUUGCCACCAAGACACCUGCGGUGAUGGGGGCAGGAAGGCGGGCUUGGGAAAAUUCAGGGAGAAAAAUCCAAGAAUAAGGUGGCAUUAAACCACAGGUGGAAAAAAAAAUCCCCUCUUCCCUCAUUUGGCCUAUGCAAGGUUUUAAUAAAGUGAGCAUUGUUCCUA